GUAUGCCCGUUUUAAUAUUUUCCAAAAUAAAAAGAAAUUAGUAAAGACUUGUAUCGAAAAUAUCAGUAUUCAACUUAAAGAAUGUUCACAGAAGUAGAUGUUUUUGUUAGUAAUUUUACGUUGAUAGACCCGGAAAUAUAUCAAUUAUGGAUUGAGGGUUGCUCAUCAAGCGAAGCGGUGUCUACUCUACAUCAGCGAGCUAAUGCCAAGCACACCGGAGCAACAGUGGAUCUUAUUGCCAGUGAUGUUCUGGACCAUUAUAGGACAUUUGCGUUGUUGGAGAGAUUGUUGACUGUGCCAUCCAAGCUCUCCGAGCAGAUGAUAUUUCAAAUUGAUGAGCCCACCAAACAAAUGUUGAUAGAGAAGUAUUAUGACUUGGAUGAUGCUGUAAUCAGAGAGCUGUUAGGAAGAAAAUUGUCUUCUCGUCAUAGAAAGGAUUUAGAUGAGGUGUCGGAGCGGUCAGGCGCCCCGAUGCGCUGCUGCCGGCGUCAGUUCGACAACGUGCGGCGCGUGUUUAAGGCAGUGGAGGAGAUGCCCGGCAACGUCGUCACCAACAUCCGCUCCACCUUCCUCAUCUCCGAACCGCUGGCCAAGAAAUAUGGAGCAGUAGUGUUCAUAGCGUGUAUGCGAUUUGAAACUGCCAAGAGGAAGCUGCAGUACCUGUCAUUCAAUGACUUCUAUCACUGUGCACAAGCGAUAAUGGGCAGCUGGACGUACAGCUGCUCGGGGCCGGAGUACUACGACACGGAGAUGGACCGCGAGUUCCUGCUCGAGCUGCGCGACCUCCGCAUACUGCUCGACAAGGAGAAGGAGCACAAACAUUUGAUUUGUAUGCGGUUGAAGCCCAAGUUGUUGGAGAAGUCCUAUCAGGAGUUGGAGUUGAACUUCAGGUUGUACACGCGUGCGCUGGUGGGCGUGGCGUGCAACCUGCACCGCGGCCGCGAACUGCGCUCGCUAUUCACUGACCUGCUGGAGAGAUGUAUAGAGCCGUUACGUCUGGGCUGCUGGCCCAAAACGGAUUUGGCUCAGUUCCUGUGCGCGUACGAGCAGUGCGCUCUACAGAUGGACGUGCUCAGGGAGGCGGACCUGAAGACUGUGUGGGAGCGGUACAUGCGCGUGAUCAGCCAGUGCCUACUCACCAUGUACCACACGUAACACCCCCGCCACGCCCCGCUCGCCCCUCUCGCCCCACCCACACCGCCGGCCCCGCCCACACACACGGAGGUGGCCAUAUAGACAUUGUAGUGAUUAGUAGCGGCGAUCACGCUAGGCGACCGCCCAGGGCGCAGGAGGCCUACUACGAAACCAUUUUGAGACUCAACAUUUGAAUGAGAUUGCUGCGUCCUGCUCUAACAACGUCAUUUCUUGUAGGACUCGGCAUUUGAGUGUCAAAACUGUUUCGUGGUACGGCCCCAGGAUAAAGUGGGGCCCCGAAGGCAAACAAAAAAGGGCUCCUUUUCCUGCACUAUCAGCACCUUGGGCGCCGAACACAUUUCGGCCAAGGCGCUGGUAGUGUUGAAAAAGGCACUGAGUUUAAUAGCUAGAAAUGCCUGAACAUUAUUUAAAUAGAGACAUUGAGAGUUACUCGGAUGACAGUUGGUAUGUGAUACUCUGUGACCCGCGGAAAAAAGCAAAUACUUAAUAGGUUUUCUACUGAAAAAAUGCAGUUACUUAGAGAUAACCGAAUUGCGACUCGGUUUAAAAAUGAGACUUUUUUAUAAACUAUACUAUGUUCUGUCUAUGCCUAACACAUGGAAAAAGAUGCUUGACUUAAGGAUAAAAUAUUGUAAGUAUAGUUUAUUCAUUUUGUAAUACUUUUAUAUGUAAAAUAUGUAUAAAAUUUAGAUUGGAACUUUGUCUAGGUAUUUUUAUACAAAUACCGUAUGUGCAACCUAUUUCACGACCUAACUAAACGUGUAAACGACCUGGCUAAAAGUGUAAUCGACGAAGAGCUGGCGACCAAAUGGGUCAUGUAGUUUCAGCUGUAUUAAAACUCCGUUAGCCACUUCCCUGAACAACCCUUUCUGAUAAUCUGCGUGCU